CUCUGUUGCGCAAGCAGAGAAGCCCGUUGGAGCCCCAUUUGUCCCAAUCUGGAGCCUCGAACCAGAGAGCCAUGGCCUUGCUCUGCUACAACCGGGGAUGUGGGCAACGGUUUGACCCGGAGGAGAACGGCCCAGAUGCAUGCCUCCAUCACCCUGGAUUUCCCAUCUUCCAUGACGCUUUGAAGGGCUGGUCUUGCUGCCGGAAACGUACCACCGACUUCUCCGAAUUCCUCUCCAUAAAGGGCUGCACAAAAGGCCGUCACAGCAACGAGAAGCCGCCCGAACCACAGGCAGACCCCCAUCCACCCAAGGACAAAGCGGCCACCGAGAUCAUCGUCCAGGGGCCAAAGUCGGCUGAGAAGAUGGAGUGUGAAAGGCCCAGUUCGGAUGAACCCAAGCAGCUCUUGCCAGUCAAAGUGUCCAAGACUCUGGAGCAAUCCCUGGAGAAGCUGGACUUGUCACCGAAGGAGGAGGCCGCAGGGCAGGACUCUGCAGGGGCCGCCUUGGAAGUGAGCCUUGGCACCACUUGCAAGAACUCCGGUUGCAAGGCGACCUUCCAAGGGCAAGAGAGCAACAGAGAGACCUGCACUUUCCACCCCGGAGUCCCUGUUUUCCACGAAGGCAUGAAAUACUGGAGCUGCUGCGGAAUUAAAACCACAGACUUCAAUGCAUUCCUGGAGCAAAAGGGCUGCAGCCGAGGGCGGCACCUUUGGAUCAAAAAGCAGCAGGACAAGAGGCUGGUCUCUUGCCGGCAGGACUGGCACCAAACCAGCAGCCAAGUGGUGAUCACUGUCUACGCCAAGACCCCCCUUCCGGAGCUCAGCUCCGUCAAAGCCAACCGCACCACGGUUGACGUACACAUUGUCUUUGAGGGAGACAAGGUUUUCCAGGCGGAGCUGGAGCUCUGGGGGGUGAUCAAUGUGCAGAAGAGUGCGGUGAGCCUACUACCCUCCAAAGUGGAGAUCACCUUGCAGAAGGCCCCUCCCCUGACCUGGGCCCGGCUGGAGCACCCCCAGAGCAGAGCAGAGCCCCCCAAGGGGCCCGAGGUGGAGGCUCCGGACGGACAGAGGUCCCGUGGUGGCCUGGCAGAGGAGGAGUCGGAUGACUCGCUGAGUUGGUCCUCGGAGGAGGAAGACUGGGAGGAAGGCAGCGCAGGCCCCAUCAGCCCCCAAUUCGGGGGAACUGAGUCGGGGUGAAACCAAGGCGAUGGCAGAAGGAGCCUAUGGGGCUAGGACUGAUUCCGAUGAUCUCCUGCAGAAGGAAAGAGACAUGGGCUCCAGGCAGAUGUAGCGCCACAAGGACAUUCGCUAAGCAUUCAGAUAUUUUAGGAGCAUUUGAGAACCCUAUAGGUCCUUUAGGAUGAUUUGAGAACCCUAUAGGUCCUUUAGGAAGAUUUGAGAACCCUAUAGGUCCCUUAGAAACAUUUGAGAACUCUGUAUGUCCUAUAAGAACAUCUUGUUGUCGACCGCGCUUUAGGGGAUCGGGCCCUUAAGGAGAGUCCUGAUCCGGUCCUGAGAGAACGGACCUUGGCGGAGCCAAUAGGAAAAUAUGAGCCGCAAUACAACCUGAAGCCGAAAUGAAGAAGGUCCGCCAAAGUUGAAGGAAAAUCUGCCAAGGAGUCUUUAUUGAGCGAUUCAGCUGAAAAGGACUCUAGUAGUGAUCAUUCAGUCUACUAGGGUACCAUAUAACCAAAAUAAAGCCAUAUUUAUACAAUG